CUUGUUGACGUAGGCCCGGAGGCACUGACAUUCCUCAUGAUCAAGGCUUGGAGGCCACCCUGUCGCACAUGGAAGUUCCACGUCCCAGUUCCACGCCCCAACCACCUCCUCGCCGCUCGCCACAUGUCGCACCUGCCGCCUUGACUUGCCCCCAACCGGUCGGUGCCCGCCUGGAAGCUCGUCGGAGCUUGCCCGUGGAAGACCGGACGCCGGUGCCCACCGCGCUGGAAGGGGCUCUUCACGUUCCGCCGAUGACGGUGAUUCAAGUUUAUCAGAUCUCGGGGAACUUGGUGACGACCUUAGACGCCAUAGCUCUGCAGCAGCUGGUGGCUACAGGGAAGGAUUCUGUGAAGGCGCUGAAGGAGCAGCUGGCGAAGGAGUUCUUCUUUGGUGUCUCCAUCUACAGGCUGAAGCUGGUCUAUCAAGGAAUGGUGCUGGAGAAUGAUCGGACCUUGACAUCGUUGGCAUCGGGUGUGGAGCACGUGGAGCUCCUCUUGACCGUGCUGAGUUUCACCGUGCCACGCCCGGAGCAAAGCGAUGCCUUUCUGCGGGCCGUGCAAACUUCGGAGGUGUCGGAGAUGGAGAAAUAUCUGCAGCUGCCGAUCAAUCCGAAUGAAGUCAUGGACUCGGACCUGCUUCAUGAGCACGAUGAACAAGACUGGCACCCGGUGCUGUGGCAUGCUUCGGCGGGUGGGAAUCUGGAGGCGGUCAGGAUCUUGCUUGAAGCUGGAGCGGAGAAGGAAGCCGUCUCGUCCGACUGCUUGGAAUCUCCUCUGGGCACCGCCAGCCGCUUGGGCCACGUCGAGAUCGUGGAGAUGCUGCUUCAAGCGGGUGCUGAUCGGGAACGGUCGACGGAGAUGGGUCUCUCUCCCCUGCAGGCGGCCAGUAGCCAUGGGCAUUUGAAGGUGGCACAGGUUUUGAUUCAAGCCAAAGCCCAGAUGAACCGAGAAGAUACCAAUGGCAGCACACCUCUUCUGAGUGCCUGCAGCGGGCUGCAUUGGGAGCUUGCACGGCUUCUGAUUGAGGCACGGGCGAAUGUGGAUCAGGAAGAUCAUUUUGGUGACGCGCCCUUGCGCUUGGCCUGUCGAUAUGGCACAGCUGAAACGGUGGAGAUGCUUUUGAAGGCAGGUGUGGAUCUGGAAAGCGCCAACUCCGAGGCCCAAACGCCCUUGUGGAUCGCUUGCUGGUUCGCUCGUUGGGACGUGGCAAAGCUCUUGCUGCAGCACCGCGCGGACGCGAAGCGCACCGAUCAGAGGUGCCGAUCGCCCCUGUGGAUUGCGGCCUGGUGGGGCCACGUGGAUAUGACGCAGCUGUUGAUCCAAGCAGGGGCUGAAACCAAUGGGGUCACCCAUGAAGGUGAUACAGCACUGUUGAUGGCUUCUCAGUGGGGCUGCUUGGAGAUUGCGGGGCUUCUGAUUGAGGCCAAAGCGGAGUUAGAGAAACCGGAUCUCUUCGGUCGUACCCCCUUACACGCUGCUGCACAAUACGGCCAUCUGGACGUGGCAGCACUGCUCAUCGCCAAGGGGGCUGAUUUGAAGACGUGCAAUCUGAAGGGUCACACAUCUCUUCACAUCGCCUUUGAUUGGCGUCAGUAUGACAUGGUGAAGCUCCUCAUUGAGAAAGCAGCCAAUGUACAGCGGGCGGAUCAGAUAGGAAGGACCCCCCUGAUGAUGGCAUCCGGCGGAGAUGAUUUGGAGAUUGCGGAACUGCUCCUCAAGGCGAAAGCAGAGGCCAGUGCAGCAGCCAAUGUGGAUGGAUUUACUCCUGUAUGGAUUGCUUGCUGUGAAGGUCACGUGCGAAUGCUUCAACUCCUUCUCGAGGCCCGUGCCGAUGUGAAUCGGCCCAUCUUCAGUGGUGAAACGCCCUUGUUCGUGGCUUGCUGCGAAGACAAAGUACCCGCCGCCCGGAUGCUGAUCGAGGCGAGGGCCGAUCUCAAUCAGGCCGAUCUGCUGGAACAAACGCCCCUGUUGAUCGCCUGCCUCCACGGCGGGCCGCAGAUCGUCCAGCUGCUCAUCAAAGCGGGUGCUGACACAGCUUUGGCCAACCUUAGAGGGCAAACGCCACUCUUCGUCGCUUGUAGAGCUGGAAGAUUGGAGACGGUGCAAUUUCUGAUUGAUGCAGCUGCUGAUAUGGAGAGGCCCAGCUUUCGCGGCACCACACCUCUCUGCGCAGCGUGUCUCAACAGCCAUGUGGAAGUGGUGCGCUUGCUGUUGGAGCGGGGCUGCCACAGCGAUCGCCCUGCUCUGCCGGAGGAGUUGCCGCGGAGGUUGGAGCUCCUCCAGGUCUUCGACGCGGGCGUCAAGCGGCGGCGCUGGGCCUAGUGAUCGGAGACUGGGCUUAGUGAUCGGAUGUUCUUUUGGAGCCGCAAAUGGGUAUCCUCUAAGGGACAUGUAGCACAGUACCCAGCGGCAACGUCUUUUUUCGAGAUGUCAGCGACAAGCUGUCCUGUGGUCGUUCCACACGAAGCAGAAGCAGCUGACAUGAGAUGCGCCAUCCGGAAUCCGGAAAAGUGGCUCCCUGCUGCGUGUCCGGAGUGUCGUCCGGGUAUUUGGAGAAAAAACAUACGAGGAACCGAGGAACCAGUACCUGGCACCAGGGUGAGAUUGACAC